CCUCAGUUUUGUUAGGCGUUUAAUAUAUACUGUGUGUGUUUAAAGCCAUCUAAAACACUUCCUGCCUUCCCUAACAGGUCUGCUUUGUUCGUGUUACGUAGCCUUUGCAUUCUUCGUCUGUCGAUUUUCUCGACGAACAGGUAUAUCAAGUUUCCUGCUAUACAGUAGUAGCUACAUGCAUAUUGCAUGAAUAAGCGACGUACGGUUUGAGCAUGAUGUAGUGAAGAAGUGUGUACCUGUAUAUCUGUUAACUAUCAUCAGGUGUACCCUCGAUACACAGCAUCCAGGUGUGUCUACGUACCUGAGCAUUACCUGUGUGUAUUAACUUCAUCUGGGCAGGAAACAGUGACUGGUGCGAAAGUAAUCAGUCAUGUAUAUCGGUCUCUGAUCGAGGACGUCAUUUCCUGAAAGGUACAACUUAUAGUUUCUACAGACCACGAUGAAGACGCUGCUGAGGCUGUCAAUACUUGCGGUGACUUUACACUCGUGGAUUCAAGCUGUUCAGUCAGACAGUGUGUUACGACUACUGUCCUCUCCGACAUCAUGGAAUGGAGCCAACAACUUGUGCAAAGCGGCUGGUGGUCAGCUUGCCAGGGUGAACAAGACUGACCUUUCCAUACUGAGAGAUUGUCCUGGUCUCGUGGAGGAAACGGGAUCGUAUUGGUCAGCUGGGUACAACUACUUGACCCCUUGGUUCGAAUUACUUGGGUGUUAUCAAGUAUCAGUGGGAAGAUCAUUUAUGAACGUCAAGGAUUAUGAUGAAUGCUACCAGCUUUGUAAACAAUCAAAUAAUUUCGGACUGCAGGAAGGUGGAAAGUGUGUUUGUGUUAACUCCACAUUUAGCCUGUCUUUCACUGCUGCCCAGAGUUGUCUACCGUGUCCUGGCGGAUCCCAGUAUUCUUGUGGUCAACCCGGUUACGUAGCCCUAUAUCGUCCGUAUCUACAUGUCCUUGAUGACCGGUUCUGUGAGUUGGGCAAGAACGAGACAUGUGAUUGUGGCGUGUUCCAGUGCGAGGCAGAUCCUGUUACCCCGGAAAACACUUCAUGGUCCUACUUCUCCAGGAAAUGCUCCAGCGAGCUCCAGGCGUCCUGCAGUGAUGGAAACUUUACCGACGAUAACUUGGCCUGGGUUGACAGCAGACAAGCCUGUAUCAAUAAAGGUAGCUAUAUGUCUGGCCCAAAUAUUGAGAGUUGGUGCUCGGCAUCUGGCGUUGCCGUGAAAAAACCGUACUGGGGACAUCUACACCGCGACAGAACCACACUAUACGCCGACACAACAAGUGUAGGCGAGUCGGAUGUAUCGAGAAUUAGAGAGUGCCAAUAUUUCUCCGUUAUUGAUGAUGACGUCAAGCUUUUAUCAACUCCAUCUUGUUCCCAGUCCAAAGGAUCUCUCUGCUCUUUUGACACCGAUCAGGGUCAUCAGAAUGAUUGCUUGGUCCGAACGACAACUUCCACUACAACGACUUCCACAACACCACCUCCUACAACAACUACCACUAAAUCCCCCACCACAACAACGCCCCCUACUACAACAACGCCCACUACUACAACCACGCCCCCUACUACGACCACACCCCCUACCUCAACCACGUCCGCCACUACAACCCCGGUCUCACCUGGAAAUGUUGGAGCUAUGAAGGAUGAAGGGCUAUCAGAUGACGAUCGAACAGGAUUGAUUGCGGGGAUAGUCGUUGGCGUUUUAAUCAUCAUACUCAUCGUUGUUGCUGUUUGUAGCAAAAGGCGAAAGAAAGUGAAAGAACCGGAGACUACCACCAGGGUUGAAAAAGGGCGCAAUUAUUUCAAUGAAGAGGCGUCUAUAAAAUACCACAAUGGAAAUACUGCAAUUCAAAACAAUAUGGAAAGACAACCAUCCAACUACCCGUACAAAGGCACGACUUCAUUCGCCGCUCCAGAAACACAAUCAAACCGACACCCUGAUGAGAAUGAACAGCCAAUUGAAUCAGCUGCUUUGACGGGCAUUUUAAAUCCUGUUUACAACCAUGAAGAAGCUGUUAGUACAAUGCCUCCGGUAGUGAAAUAUACGGAAGACGAACGACCACCUACCCCAUGUGUGGCAACUGUAUCCAACGAUCCUCCACUAUUAAGAAACAGUUUCUACAUUACAGCAUCACAUGAUGAUCCGACAGCAAACACUCCCUCCGUUCAUUCUAUUCCUCAAAAACCAAACGAUGAGAACGGUUCACAGCAAGACAUGUCUAUCAAUGAUUCAGAAUUCGAUGAUGAUGAUGACGACGACGACACGAACAUUAAUAUUCCUUUCACAAAUCUUAAACCCGAAUUAGAAAUGGAAGUAGAAGAACCAAAAUUACAGGCUAACAUCGAACCAGUGAUAGUCCCACCUAAACGUCCGGCAUUCGUAAGCGUAAUACGAGUUGUAGCAUCAAAAACGGAGGACACGUUACUGUAAAAUCAAAUGAAAAAGUAUAAUAAUAUGUAUAGGCAGAAACAAAUCACUUAUUUUGCCUCUGUCGGGGGCAAUUAUGUUCAUUAGGACAUGUUUUAGUGAUAAAACAUGUUCAGAUAUAUUUUUAUGUUCGAGAGUGGAUACAAUAUUUUAAUGUACAGUAUUUUGGUAGGCACGGAAUGCGGAAGGUGAGCGAGAUAUGUAGAGAAUGUGAGACUACUUUGUGAAAUGUGUCCAUGUGUAAUAACAACUGGUCGAUUAACACGUAUGUUUAACCAGCACCCCUUUCAUCCUAUAGGUGGUUGGGUGAUGUACACAACAGGUACUAUUGUGGUAGAAAGUAGGUUUGGUUGUGUAUGGUAUACUCUAGUGUUCAUGUACGAGUAGCUUAUAUUAUUUUGUAUACAAACAAACGAACGUUGACUGACGUAAUCAACUUGUUUAUCAAUACUGUGACUGAUCUGUUAACAAGGGCAUGUUUUACUUAUACAAAUACAUAUGCAAAUAUUAAAAAUAGUUUAAAUAAAACAAUUGAAAACAUUGUGUUCGUACCGCUUAAUUAUUAUCACGUGUUGUAUAUGUCUUUCGUGAAGUCAAUGUUAUCGUUUAAACAAAAUAAUCUUAUUGAAUAUUCUGAAAAGGUGAUAAAAAGAUUAACCUACUGAAUUCGAAAAUCAAUUUCGAAAUGUCUUAUUAACAAUACAUUUAGGAGAACGAUGUGUAUUUUUCAUUGGAAUGAUAUGUCAUAAUAAUGUUGUAAUUAGUUCUUCUUUUGGAAUGAAGUCAGACAUAUAGUACCGUAGAUGUUGAUAAAGGAUAUUCUGUGUCUUCUACCGUCAAGAAAUGUG